AUGAGCGCCACGAAAUCCGCCGGCCCCACCACGUUGGCUAACCACCUCGACAAGGAGGUUAAGACCGACGUGCUUGGCGCUAUUGACUCCGACAAGCUCACCGAGGCAACACAGGGCGACCACAAGGCCAUCAAUGAGGAGUACAAGAUCUGGAAGAAGAACAGCCCGUAUCUGUAUAAUGUGGUUAUUGCCACCGUCAUGGACCACCCCACUCUGACGGUGGAGUGGCUGCCUGAUCUUUUUGACGACAUCACCCCGGGCAGUAUGAGUGCCCGUCUCAUGUUUGGAUCUCAUAGCUCAGGUCUCGACAAGGACUACAUCCACGUUGCAUCCGUGGAGCUACCCACUCACCUGCGACCCGAAACUAUCGGGCUAUUGUCCCAGCAAGAGGGGGGUACUGACAUGAAGCAGCAUCAUGAUGCUCACGGCCGACACAAGCGAAUCGCCAUUGUGCAGAGCAUCUACGAGGACGGCGAGGUCAAUGUGGCCCGAUACAACCCGCUGGCAUCGAAACAGAUUGCCGCCGCCCAUGUCACUGGCGACAUUCACAUCUUCGACCGCAACAACAUCAUGAACUCCAAGGAAGAGGCUAAGCCCAUCUACAACCUCAAGCAUCACACCAAGGAGGGCUGGGGUCUCAACUGGAACAUCAAUCAUGCCGACCAGCUGGUCAGUGGCGCCAUCGACUCUACCGUGGCCUUCUGGAAAAUCCCCGAGGCUGCCUCUGACGGUUCCUGCAAGGACGUAACACCUCAUACCGUCUACCACCAUGACGCGGCCGUCAACGACGUCAAGUUCAGCUACAAGAUGGACUUUCUGAUCGGGUCCGCCUCGGACGACUGCACCCUGCGAUUGUGGGACACCCGAAAGCCCGGAAACAAGGCCGCUUGCACCAUCAAGGAGUCUCGAGGAAUCAACUCGCUGGACUUCAACCCCCACAGCGAGUUUCUGGUCGCAACAGGCUCAGCUGACGAGACCGUCAAGGUGUGGGAUAUGAGAAAAAUGGACACUCCCAUUUCGCAGCUCUACUCCCAUUGCGACGAGGUGACCAAGGUGCAGUGGUGCCCCCACCAGCCCUCGGUUCUGGCAUCUGGAGGACACGACCGAGCCAUUCUCGUGUGGGAUAUUGCUCGUCUUCACGACGAUCUCAGCUCGGAUGAAAAUGACGAGGGACCUCCUGAGCUUCUGUUCCAUCACGGAGGCCACAGCUCGCGGAUCUCCGACUUUGACUGGCAUCCUACUUUGCCCUGGGUCAUUGCUUCUGCUGCUGAGGACAAUGUUAUUCAGGUGUGGCGAAUGGCUGAGAGUAUCAGUAACGACGAGGCUGUUCCUGCUGAUGACGUUGAUAUGGAGGACUAA